AUGGGUCAACAACAAUCCGGAUUUGGUGGUAAGCGUGACGAUCGUAGCGGUGGCGAUGGCGAUAAAGAGAAGAAAAAGAAAUACGAGGCUCCAAUUCCUACCCGUAUUGGAAAACGAAAGAAGGGUGGUAAAGGCCCAGACGUUGCCAUGAAAUUGCCGACUGUUACUCCGCAUGCACGGUGUCGCUUGAAAUUGUUAAAAUAUGAAAGAAUAAAGGAUUAUUUGUUAAUGGAACAAGAAUUCAUAAAAAAUCAAGAACGCUUAAAACCUCAAGAAGAAAGGCAAGAGGAGGAAAGGGCCAAAGUGAAUGAUCUGCGCGGUACUCCAAUGGCGGUCGGUAAUCUAGAGGAAAUUAUCGAUGAUCAGCAUGCUAUCGUUUCAACUGUUGGUUUUUUCUUAGAUUAUGUUACAAUUAAUGUUGGCAGCGAACAUUAUGUUUCCAUCAUGUCUUUUGUUGACAAGGAACAACUCGAACCAGGCUGUGCUGUUCUUCUUAACCACAAAACUCAUGCUGUCAUUGGUGUCCUUGCUGAUGACACUGAUCCUAUGGUCUCAGUAAUGAAAUUAGAAAAAGCUCCUCAGGAAACUUAUGCCGAUGUUGGUGGUCUUGAUCAGCAAAUCCAAGAAAUUAAAGAAUCUGUCGAACUUCCACUUACACAUCCAGAAUACUAUGAAGAGAUGGGAAUUAAACCGCCAAAAGGCGUAAUUCUGUAUGGUUGUCCUGGUACUGGGAAGACCUUAUUAGCAAAAGCAGUGGCUAACCAAACUUCGGCAACAUUUCUUCGUGUAGUUGGAUCUGAACUUAUCCAGAAAUACUUAGGUGAUGGUCCUAAAAUGGUGCGCGAAUUGUUUCGUGUUGCUGAAGAACAUGCACCGUCAAUCGUUUUCAUCGAUGAAAUUGAUGCUGUUGGGACAAAAAGGUAUGAUUCCAAUUCUGGAGGCGAACGUGAAAUCCAAAGGACUAUGCUCGAGCUGCUAAAUCAGCUGGAUGGAUUUGAUUCUCGUGGUGAUGUCAAGGUAUUGAUGGCGACGAAUCGUAUUGAUUCGCUCGAUCCUGCUUUAAUUCGUCCAGGUCGAAUCGAUCGUAAGAUUGAAUUUCCCUUGCCUGAUGAGAAGACUAAGCGUCGCAUUUUCCAGAUACAUACUUCUCGAAUGACACUGGCAGAUGACGUCGAUCUUGACGAAUUUGUGGCUUCGAAGGAUGAACUGAGUGGCGCUGAUAUCAAAGUUUUAUCUCAAAUAAAAGCAAUGUGUACUGAAGCUGGCCUUUUGGCGUUACGUGAACGGCGAAUGCGUGUCACUAUGGAUGAUUUCAAAAAGUCUAAAGAGAAUGUGCUCUAUCGCAAGAAAGAAGGUGCACCGGAAGCUCUUUAUCUGUGA